CUCCGAACCCUGUCUCGACGGGGGACGUGGAGCGCGCGUCUGACACUGCAGCAGACCAUUGAUCAGGAGGAGACGACGACGACGACGACGGUCGCCGGCCCUUUAACAUACCUACACGGACCAUGUCGCGACGAACAAGAGUGCUCUGUCUGCAUGGACAGGACCAAUCCGCUGCUUCGUUGCGUGCAGGGACGAGGUUGAUUGGCGAUGGUCUGGAGAAGUACUGGGAGAUGCACUACCUCGACGCACCCUUUCUCGUGCCCGACUGCGACGAGGACGAGGCAGGCGAGAAGGAAAUGGACCCUUGGCGCAGGGCCGCGUAUCUAGUCAGCGCCCUAGUGGCUCUGCAGUCGGACGUGGACGAUUUCAAGGCGAGGGGGCUAGCGACGCCGAGCAGCGUGGCGGCCGCAUUGCAAGAGGUCACCCUCGCAUUAGGAUCUUCAGACGAGGGCAGGGACGCCAUGGCGGCAGCUGACAAGGCCGGCCUCGAGGGAGUCGAGUCGAUGGUAAGCAGGAAAAGUGCACGAAGCCUCAACAGGGGAUGGACCGUCACUGUGAUGCCGUUUGAGGGUUCAUCGACUGCUCUCUUGUCCGGCCUUGGUAUGAGCCUCGGGAUGUUGAGUGACUACAUUCGAGAGACAGGGACCUUUCACGGAGCGCUGGGGUACGGAUCGGGGGCAGAUGUUGCGUGGCUAUUGCAGACGAUGCUCAGCCAUCCCCGCUCAUCGGCCGCUGCAUUCCCCUCGUUUUUCCCUCAGCUUCCGCGGGGCUCAUCGAGAAUGCCUAGGAUGGGCGGCUGGGAGCAGGAGCCUCCACCGGCCAAUGACGUGCGGCUGGGCGACGAGAACCUGCCGUCGUCGUUUGUGCCCACGCAGCAACCACUCGAAUUUCUCGUCUCCUUCUGUCCUCAACGCACAACGACGCUCGACGAGCGAACACGAGAAUUUAUCAAGGCAAAGCCGCCCAUCACAGCCCCUCGUCCUGGCGCAUUUACCUCUCACUCGCUAGAGCUGGUCGAAGCGCGACCAGCUCCUCCUCCUCCAACGCUGUCCUCCUUUGCGCCAGAGAGGACCGUGAUUGACGCCAGCUUCCCUCCCGACACCUUGUGGUCUUCCUUUCUCGCAGAAUGGUGUGCCCUGGCCGUUCGAAGCUGCAACGGAGACGAGGGAGCCGCCAGACGCAUCGCCUCGCUGGCAACGCCAGACAGCUGGGCAUCUAGACUAUGACAAAGAAGAAAGUGGAGCAUGAAAAUUGCAUUUGUAGACUUUUGACGGCUUCUUUGCCGUUUUCAAAACAGGUCCGUAAUGGCUCCCUCAGAAGCGUUGUGGACCAGCCUCGCGUACUUUGCCAAGGCACCCCGCUUGACUCGCAGCUGGUUCUUGCCACUCUUUUCCCACUCUCGCCUCCGGCUGUUGAGAGUAGCCUCAUCGACGUGCAGAUUGAUCUGACGAGUGGCGGCAUCGAUUGUGACAAUGUCCCCGUCGCAAAC